AUGUUAGACAGUUUAUUUGACGAUGUAAAACGCAUGAACAAGAGACAGUUUAUUUACCAAGUACUUAGUUUUGGUAUGAUAGUAUCGUCAGCUUUGAUGAUAUGGAAAGGUUUAAUGGUUGUAACGGGAAGCGAAAGCCCCAUUGUAGUGGUGCUCUCUGGAAGUAUGGAGCCCGCUUUUCAUAGAGGCGAUCUUCUAUUUCUAACAAACUACCCUGAUGAGCCCGUACGUGUUGGUGAGAUUGUAGUUUUCAAAGUUGAAGGCCGAGACAUUCCCAUUGUUCACAGAGUCCUAAAGCUUCAUGAAAAAAAUAAUGGAACUGUAAAGUUUCUUACAAAAGGUGAUAAUAACAGUGUGGAUGAUCGAGGCUUAUAUGCACAAGGCCAGCUUUGGCUAACUAAAAAAGAUGUAGUUGGUCGUACUAGAGGAUUCCUGCCAUAUGUUGGAAUGGUCACAAUUUAUAUGAAUGAAUAUCCUAAAUUUAAGUUUGCUGUAUUGGGAUGUUUGGCAAUCUAUGUGCUGGUGCAUAGAGAG